CCAGGCCCCAGGAUGCGCUGAGCCGCCGCCGGGGGGGCUGAGGCCGCGCCAACUACAUGCAUGUCCCCCGGGGGCAAGUUCGACUUUGACGACGGGGGCUGCUACGUGGGGGGCUGGGAGGCGGGGCGGGCCCAUGGCUACGGCGUGUGCACGGGGCCCGGCGCCCAGGGCGAGUACAGUGGCUGCUGGGCGCACGGCUUCGAAUCCCUGGGCGUCUUCACGGGGCCCGGCGGACACAGCUACCAGGGCCACUGGCAGCAGGGCAAGCGCGAAGGGCUGGGCGUGGAGCGCAAGAGCCGCUGGACGUACCGCGGCGAGUGGCUGGGCGGGCUGAAGGGGCGCAGCGGCGUGUGGGAGAGCGCGUCGGGCCUGCGCUACGCCGGGCUCUGGAAGGACGGCUUCCAGGACAGCUAUGGCACCGAGACCUACUCCGACGGAGGCACCUACCAAGGCCAGUGGCAGUCCGGGAAGCGCCACGGUUACGGGGUGCGCCAGAGCGUGCCCUACCACCAGGCAGCACUGCUGCGCUCGCCCCGCCGCACCUCACUGGACUCAGGCCACAGCGACCCCCCGACGCCGCCCCCGCCCCUGCCCCUGCCGGGCGACGAGGGAGGCAGCCCGGCCUCGGGCUCCCGGGGUGGCUUCGUGCUGGCUGGGCCUGGGGACGCCGACGGCGCGGCCUCCCGAAAGCGCACCCCGGCGGCUGGUGGCUUCUUCCGUCGCUCAUUGCUGCUCAGCGGGCUCCGGGCCGGCGGGGAGGCUGGGCCCUGUGGGCUGUGGGGCAGGGUCAGGACUUCUGAGGGGAGCUGGGACCACAGGAGGUGUGCCUUGGGACAGGGGGCUAGAGCACUCAAGCCCGGGAAGGCCUACAUCCCCGUCCCUCGGACCCACAGGGCAGCAGACGCCCUCCUAAAGGCAGUGGCCGCCAGCAGCAUCGCUGAGAAGGCCGUGGAGGCAGCUCGAAUGGCCAAACUGAUCGCCCAGGACCUGCAGCCCGUGUUGGAAGUCCCAGGCCGCAGACCCAGGCAGGAUUCAGAAGGCUCCGACACAGAACCCUUGGAUGAGGACAGCCCUGGGGUAUACGAGAAUGGACUAACCCCUUCAGAGGACUCCCCUGAACUGCCCAGCAGUCCUGCCUCCAUCCGCCAGCCCUGGAGGCCCCCUGCCUGCCGGAACCCACUGCCUCCUGGAGGGGAUAGGGGCCCCUUCUCCAGCCCCAGAGCUUGGCCUGAGGAGUGGGGGGGCCCUGGUGAGCAGGCCGAAGAACUAGCCGGCUAUGAGGCUGAGGAUGAGGCCGGGAUGCAGGGGCCGGGGCGGAGAGACGGUGCCCCGCUCCUCAGAGGUGGCAGCCACUGUUCAGAAAGUCUUCAAGAGGAGGAAGGGGAAGAUGAAGAGCCCUUGGCCCAACCCAGGGCCCCAGGAGGCCCUGGGCCUGGGCCCAUGACCACUGCAGCCCUGCGGGCCACGUCCUCCAGGGGUCCCGAGGCCGGGCGCCCCACAGAAGAGCUCGAGGAUCCUACUGCAACUGAGAGGCCCGCCCAGCCGGGAACUGCCAACCUCCUGGUGGUGGGGGCCGUGGCCCUCCUGGACCUCAGCCUGGCAUUCCUGUUCUCCCAGCUCCUUACCUGAGGCCACGGCCUGGCCCAUGGCUGGCCUUGGUUGCUGCCUCUUCGCCCUGGACCUGCCUUUUCCUCUUCCUGGUUUGUUGUUGUUGUUGUUUUGUUUUUCUCUCUGUGACACCCUUUGUUUCUGUCUCUCUCGCAGCUUUCCCUCUGUCCUCCUCUCAGAUGCCUCCUUUAUCCGGGAUCUGUCCACUGUCCUGUCUUCUCUCCCCGCUCCCUCCCCCACCGCACCCCCUCCUCUUUCUCUAGAUUGUUUACAUAUGAAGGGCUUUUCUCUCAGAGUUGCUUUCUUCUCUGAGAUACACAAACCAAGUCAGACCAUUGCCCCAUGCCCCCCCACACACACCUUUUCUUUAGACCUCAACGUCACUAAGGGUGGGGGUGGGGAUGACUUGAGCAGGGCCCCCCCGGGCGCUGACUGGAAAGGAAACAGAAAGUCGAGGAUGCUGGGCAAGCCACUGGCUGGGGCUGCUGUCAUGCCCUGACCUGAGAGGCCAGGCGUCCCUCUGAGGCCGGGUGAACACAGGAGCAGGUCGGCCUCCUCCGCCUGCCUCUUGCCCUGGAGGAGAUGAUCCACCUCCAAGCACUAACCUGGGUGGUGGCCUACCUCUGUCCUUCCCUGAGGGAGACAGGGGAGAUGAAACGCUGAAGACUCCCUAACAACCCCCUCGUUUCCCCCCA